AUUCGCAUCAAAAUGAAGAAGAAAAGUAAAAAAGUGUUCAGGCCUUGUAAAAUUCCCAGAUAUUUGAUUGGGUCGGUUAGUCCCCAAGUCAUUAAAACAGACUUGGCAGAAUAUAACGCACACAGAUAUAAGGUUUUUUCAGCGAAACCGAAAACUGAUACCAAACCCCUCCCCAUGAAUCCGUUCAAUUAUAUCAACCUUCGAAAGUUACGGGCAGACGCUGAGCGGUUACAAAUGAUUGAUAAGGAGAAUAAGCAGCUCCUUAAGUCCAUAAAUACGAUAAAUAGGACCAUCGGAAAAAUUGAUUCGUAUAAUCCUGAAGCCUAUGCGUCUAAAUCGAAAUGGCACGCUCACGUUAUGAGGAUGAAGAGAAUUGACCGCAAAAAUAAAGCAAUAUACGAGAAACUGAUGGCUGCAACUUCCAGUUACGAUUGUGAGUCGUUACGUAAAUUCUGGACCAGUAUUAUUGAAAAAUUGAAACUAACUUCCAAAUUCCCUUUGGUCAUCCUUCAGAAAGUCUCAGUCGAUUCAGUUAUUGCAAAACAGCCGUCAAUUAGUUGCGGACUUGAGAAAUUAUCAGAACGGCCCCGGUGUUUUUUGGAAUUUCAAGUGCUAAAUGGCCCAGUUCUGGGCCGCGUAGAGAUCGAGCUUUAUCACGACCACGUCCCUGUCACAGUCCAGAAUUUCUUAUCAAUUUGCUGCGGUGAGAACAAACAGAACCUUUCGUAUAAAAACUGCCCAAUCAAUCGAAUAGUUCCGGGCCGUUUUUUGGAAACUGGGGACAUAACUAAAGGGACAGGACGUGGUGGGGUGUCAAUCUAUGGUAAAUACUUUGCAGAGGAAGGCCACAUGCUUAAGCACACGAAACCUGGAGUUUUGUCCAUGGUGCGUGUCCGCAAACACGAUAACAACUCGCGCUUUUGUAUCACCUUCACGAAAAUGGAACAGUUGGAUAUGCAGAACGUUGUGUUCGGUUAUAUUGUGCGAGGGGCUGAGAAUUUGUUUAAAAUUGAGGGGUAUGGCCGCAGUAUCGGCAAGCCUUUAGCCCCUGUAAUCAUCUCGGACUGUGGGAAAUUGAAUCGGGCGCUUGAGUGUUAGUGGUUUUCGGGGCGUCAUGUUGUCGUUUGGAAUUAAAAAUGGCAGUUUCCUUCCAUCAAAUUGUGUGAAGUUUGCAGUUUCGGGUUUAUAUCAGGAAAUAAAGUCGUAAUUAAACACGUA